UAUGAAAGUUUCAGUGGGUUACUUAACUUGUAAGAAACAAAAGAGAGAAAAAAUUGUGAAGUGAGAAAAUGAAGAAUGGCAACAAGUGCAAAUUGUGAGAGAAUUGGUACCCAAAUGAUUGAGUUUAAAAGCUGAAAGUCAGUGACUCGUUUAUUUAACUUCCCUUCCCUCUCUGUAUACUAAUAAAAGUCCUGUUGUCCAUACAAAGAAAAGCACACAUCUCUCUCUGUCUGUCUUUGAGUCUGCGAGUCUGAUCUUAUCUGGGGAGGGCUGUGAGAGUGGUAGUAUCUGUCUGGUGGCAGAUUAGAUUGGCAAAUUGUCAAUGGCGGAUCUCAAGUCAAAGUUUCUGAAGGUGUACUCCGUUCUGAAAUCGGAGCUGUUGGAAGACCCUGCUUUCGACUUCACCAAUGACUCUCGCCAAUGGGUUGAGCGGAUGCUGGACUACAAUGUGCCUGGAGGCGAGACUUGAGUUUCAGGAAGCUUAAUCGGGGAUUGUCUGUUAUCGACAGCUAUCAGUUGUUGCAACAAGGAAGGGAAUUAACUGAAGAUGAAAUCUUCCUGGCCAGCGCUCUCGGUUGGUGCAUCGAAUGGCUUCAAGCAUUCUUUCUGGUUCAUGAUGACCUCAUGGACGGCUCUCACACACGGCGUGGUCAACCUUGUUGGUUUAGAUUGCCCAAGGUUGGUAUGAUUGCAGUAAACGAUGGUGUUGUGCUUCGAAACCAUAUCCCAAGGAUUCUCAGAAAGCAUUUCAGAGAAAAGCCAUAUUAUGUGGAUCUUCUUGAUUUGUUCAACGAGGUGGAAUUUCAAACUGCCUCAGGUCAGAUGAUAGAUUUGAUCACUACUAUCGAAGGAGAAAAAGACCUAUCCAAAUAUUCAUUGUCAAUUCACCGGCGUAUUGUUCAGUACAAGACUGCCUAUUACUCAUUUUACCUUUCAGUUGCAUGUGCAUUGCUUAUGUCAGGUGAGGAACUGGAAAAACAUAUUGACGUAAAAAACAUUCUAGUUGAGAUGGGGAUUUACUUUCAAGUACAGGAUGAUUAUUUGGAUUGCUUUGGUGAUCCGGAAACGAUUGGUAAGAUAGGAACAGAUAUUGAAGAUUUCAAGUGCUCUUGGCUGGUGGUGAAAGCUUUGGAACUCUGCAACGAGGAACAAAAGAAAGUACUACAUGAGAAUUAUGGGAAACCAGACCCAGAAAAUGUGGCAAAAGUAAAGGCCCUCUACAAAGAACUCGAUAUUGAGGGUGUAUUUGCGGAUUAUGAGAGCAAAAGCCACAAGAAACUGACGAGUUGGAUUGAAGGGCACCCAAGCAAAGCGGUGCAAGCAGUGUUGAAGUCCUUCUUGGGCAAGAUUUACAAGAGGCAGAAAUAGAAAUCUCAAAUCUGGAUUCAGUUCAGCCCCUCCUAUUUGUAUUUGGUGCAUUUGUAAUAAAACAUGCAGUUGCAUUUGGUUUGCGUCAGUCAGAGUCAGGUUUGCUUCACUUAGUUAUAAGUUGAGUCAUCAGUGUUGAAUGCAGACAGACAAUAAGCAUCCACGUUAAUUAAUACAAAGUUUCUCAGUUUCCAGUUGAGAAUAUUAAACAA